AACGAUCCAUUUAUCAUUCGACUUUUGUUUUAUUUAUUUUUUUUCCACUCAACGACACGGAAAUCAAACUCUUCUGGACCUGGAGAUGGCGUUGGAGCGCCACCAGUGGCCGCUAGUGCUGCUGUCGCUGGCCCUGGCAGCCUGCGGCCAGCAAGAGUCCCAUCAGCAGCCUGAAACGCUUUCUGAACCCAAAAUCGAAACGCAAUCAUCCGAAUCAGUUAACGACACACAGACAACACUUGUCCAGUUUCCCGGUGGCGACACCGACUCCGACUCCGCCUCGGCAUCGUUCGUCCGGCUGCCGAAGGUCGUUGGCGGCUAUACGGUGACUAUUGACCAGGUGCCCUACCUGGUGUCCGUGCGCAAACGCAUCGUCCACGAGCAGAUCUUCGGACAGGGCCAUUUUUGCGGCGGAGCAAUCAUCUCCCAGCGGGUGGUCUGCUCCGCUGCCCACUGCUAUGCCAUUAAUACCACGGAAAGGCAGGAUUAUUACAGACCCGAGCUAUUUGUGGUGCUGGCCGGCAUGAGUGUCCUCGACCGGAUGGAUCAAUUCGUCCAGGAGUAUUACGUACAGCAGAUAGUUGGCCAUGAGCACUACGACUCCAGGACGCUGACGAAUGACAUUGCCCUGCUCUUCCUCAAUGGCUAUAUACCGUGGGAAUCGAAAACGGUGAAAGCAGUGCCGCUGGCCAACGACCCGCCCAUGGCGGGCACCUCUUGCCUCAUCCAUGGCUGGGGCAUGCCCAGGAAGUGGGACAAAGUGAUAACGCUGCAGCAGGCCCCGGUGCCCAUCUUGAACAAGGAUCUAUGCCGUUUCAUCUACAAGCAGCCCGAAUCCCAGAUGUGCGCGGGCUUCCUGCAGGGUGGCAUCGAUGCAUGUCAGGGUGACUCCGGCGGGCCGUUGGUCUGCAAUGGGUUUCUUGCUGGGAUUAUUUCGUGGGGCGUGGGCUGUGCCGAUCCUGGCUUCCCGGGUGUCUAUACCAAUGUGUCGAGGUUUUUGGAAUGGAUACGCGCCGUGAACCUCUCGUUUAACUACUACGACUACCGAGAUAUGAGGCUCCUCAAUGGACAGACGGCAGGCAGUAGCAUCAAUUCUGGCCUCCUGGCUUCUGCUAUCCUUAUGAUCAUCAUCGUCGCGGUCGGCCUUCUGUGACACAAUAAAUCGCUUGCUUUGUCUAUUGUUCCAACAACUAU